UUGCUUCCUUUUUAUCCCCUUAUUGCUUCUUCAUCCUCUUAACUAUAUAAAACUACUGUUUACCCCGCAAUUACAUCCCGUGCCUCGUCACACGUCAUCGCCGUCGGACAAUCUCUUAUCGCCCCGAUAACUACCCGCCAGCCGACAAAGCGAGGUCGGACCUUCCAGUGACUCUACCAGAGCUCCCCCCAUCUUCUCCGACUUCAACAUCUCCAACUCCCAAGCAUCGUCAAUGCUUACGAUGAAGAUACCAUGAAAGCUUCAACGCGGCUUUUGCAGACUGCAAGGCACUUUACGAAACACCAGGGCCCGCGGGUCCGUCUCCCAGGCUUCCCAGUCACGGCCGACGACCCCAUCAGGAGCCUCGCCAGCAAGCCAUUACAUAGCUUCAGUCUAGCAGAUCUAGUCAGGCAUGGCCGUCCCCCCCUGUCCACCGAAGCCCUCCUCGCCUCCGCCAACUUCACCCUGUCCCUCCUCCCCAUCCGCCUCGCGCACCGCAUCCAAGCCCUGCGCAACCUCCCCUACAUCGCCGUCUCCAACCCCAACAUCUCGCGCAUCUACGCAAACUACCAGCACUCCCUCUCCACGCUCCUCCCCUACACAGACACGCACAUCUCCUCCCUCGCCGACGAAGUGAAAUUCACGGCCGUCCUCGCAGAUCUCGUCGAUACCCACCGCGACACCAUCCCCACUCUCGCACGCGGCUUUCUGGAAUGCCGCCGCUAUAUCAGUCCGGGUGAGGUGACACGCUUCUUGGACGAGCAUCUGAAAACGCGCAUCGGCACGCGACUCGUGGCUGAGCAGCACAUCGCAUUACACCACUGGUCCCAGGCGCAUGCGGGACCGCCAGGCCCAGAGAGCUACAUCGGCGUAAUUGACACGGAGCUAAAACCCGCGUCGAUAAUUAAUGCGUGCGGACACUUUGUGUCCGAGAUCUGCGAGCUCAAGUACGGCGUGCGCCCGACGUGGAUUAUUGACGGGGUUCCGGAAACAAAGUUCACCUACGUGCCUGUACAUCUCGAGUACAUCGUCACCGAGCUCCUCAAGAACGCGUUCCGCGCCACCGUCGAGUCAGGUAACUCGGCGCGCCCGGUCAUCAUCACCAUCGCUGCUGAGCCGCCUGAUGAUGACGACGCCACGGACACCAUGCUCGAUAACCAACUUGCGGCGUUGCCGCUCGCGGCGGGCCCGCCAGGGGUGACGAUCAGGAUCCGUGAUGAGGGUGGGGGAAUUAGCCCCGCUGUUAUGCCGAGCGUGUGGUCGUAUAGUUUUACGACGUUUGAGGUUGGGGAUGAUAUCCCCGCCGGAUCGACGGGGACGGAGCGGAGUGGAAUGGAUGCGCUGAAUGCGAUUGCGGCGGGGGGAGGGGUGAACAGCAGUAUUGCGGGACUGGGAUAUGGAUUACCGCUUAGUAGGACUUAUGCGGAGUAUUUUGGGGGUGAGAUUGCGGUGCAGAGCUUGUAUGGGUGGGGAUGUGAUGUCUAUCUGCGAUUAAGGGGGAUUGGAAAGCUAUAGGUUGCAUGGUGGAGUUAGCAUGACUUAUUCGCAUGGCGUUUUGGGCAUUGGGAUGGAAUUUGCGGGUAGUUUUAUACUUUAGCUGUGAAUAGGGGGAAAGGAAGCUGGGAACCAAAUUGUAUAAGUUACAACAGUGUCUGUAGAUAACAGGCACUAUCAGAGCGACUGUGGCACAACAAAAGGGUUUCGAUCACUGACGGCUAUGAUCAGUAUGCUAGUUAGUUACUGAGGAAUAAAUUUUACCAACAUAAA